ACUUUGAGCCGGAGACAGUCUUUAAUAGAAAUGUUUAAAUAAGUAUUUUGUUUUUGAAUCUUCUUUAAAGGAAAUUAAAAAAAUACAUAUUUUGCUUUAACGACCUUGAAUAGUUUCACAGUUUCAUUUAGUGUUUUAACAAAUUUUUACUUUAUUUUCCCAUUUAAGUUUGCAAGUUAAAGGACAUUUGUGAAAAGGGAAAUUUCUAUAUAUUUAGUCCAAAUAAAAGAAUAAUAAUUCAACUUCAUUUAGUUUGAGCAAAUGUUGAAUUUGUCGCUCAAAAGUACGCGUGCCACACGUCUUCACAGCUGAAUUUUAUUCGAUGCCAGCCGACCACCCAUCAUCACCUCGAGCUCUAGUGAUUACUAGACCUUUACUAAUAAACUUAUUUGAGCCACUUAUUUAAAUAACUCCUCUGUAAGUUUUUUAGGACUGAUAGGAGCAUUCAUAUUAGAGUGUUCUCUGAAAAUUAAGGUAAACACAGCUGCAAUGUAAUUAAAUAUAGGAUUAGGAGUCCUAGAGGACAUUCCUCUGUCCUCCCAAAUCCAAUACUACAUUGCAGCUAAGUGUUUAUUAAAAUUUGUAUAUACUGUUUUUACUAUGGUUUGUUUGUUGAAGAAGGCUUCUUGCCAACACAUUGUUUGGUUUGUUGUCUUUUUUUACAGGUUUUCAUAUACCGCCUAUACUAUACCAGCACUUUAUUUUACUUAUUAUAGCGACUUCACUAAGCUGCGCGCGCCGGUUGAUUUUUCGGAUGCGAGAAACAGACCAUUAACCGGCGACCGGUCAAUGCCGGUUGGUCACAGGGUCAUAUGGAGAUCUGGCUUCCUUUGUCUAUAUAAAGAAGAGACAAUGAACUUAUUGUUGCCUAUUUUGUGCACACGAGGAGAGCGAUCAUCACGAUCUCAUCUUUUUAAUCAGACUUCCAGCGCUUAUAGCAGAUAUCUUUUGUUGGGAAAACAGGUAAGUUUGCUAGCACUAUUUUUCGGAAACCAUAAUAGUGUUGUACUUAAUUCUUUGUGUGUUCGAUGUAUUAACGAUUCAACAAACUGAAACAAGAAACAUAAUGACAUUUAGAUAGGCCAAAAAUUGUAUAGACAGGGUGUAAAGUUGAAAAUAAUUCAUAACCAGUAAUCGAUUAGGCCAAAUGAACCGGAAGUGAUAACCAUUCUCUGUUGUCACUGUUGUUAUUCUUCUUCUUAUUGCAUAAGAAGUAUUUAAAAUCUAUAUAAAUCCAAUGCUUUUAGAAGCCAUCCAAUUGAUUUAAGUUAUUAAAUUUGUUUGAAUUUCAUGACUGAACACAAAUUUAUAUAUAUUUUAUGAAGUUAUAUAUUUGAUUAGUUUAAAAAUUUAGAGAAAAAAAUUAUGAUCACUAUGAUAACCAUGUCAAAACUAAAUGAACUCGAGUCAUCUAAAUCUAUGUUGUAAUUGUAAUAAUUAUAUACCUUUACAUCUGGGAAUUAUUAUUUUUUUUUUUACUAUAUAAAUAAUAAUGCCAUAGGAUAAUUGGAUAAUGAUAUAAUUUAUCUUAAUAAUUAAUAAAUAAUAGUUAAUAGGCUCGGUAGCUGCUGAACAUCAUGAUCAUCUUUUUCUUUGAGUUUCAUAAUUUUAUUUACCUUUGUCUUCUAAACAACCUGUCCCUCUUUUUUCUUUUUGCAUACCCUAUUUAAUUUAUUGCCUUUAACUUUAAGCUUUACUGCUUUAGCUCAACAUAUUAAAUUUGACACUUUUUUGUAUAACAAAAUUUUUUAUUAUCUGUUUCAGCAUUUUCUCUCUUUCAAUUAUACAAGAAUGUCACCCCCACUUUUUGGAGGAGCUUCUAGCACUACCAUUGCUUCUUGCCUGUCCAUUCCAGUGGAUGGGCGAUCUGUAAUAAGGACUAAUAAAGAUUACGAGGCUUAUUAAUGUAAAUUCAUAUCUCAUGACGGAAUAAUGAUCCCUAAUGGAUAUGUGUUACAAACCUGGCUUACGCAUAAUAAAAAUAAUGUUAAAACGUCACACAUGUUACAUCAAAUCUUGACAGCCCGAGGCCAUGAAUGUACAGUCAUAGGGAUAAACUCGGCAUUAGCACGCUUGACCAGAGAAGUUCAAAUAUUUAAGAAGAGCAUCAACAAAAACUUGAAUCAAAUUACUGAAAUUUGGAAUUUACCUUUUAGGAUACCAGUAGUAAAGUCAGUAAAGAAGAUAGAGCCAAUACCUGAAGCUUUCACUGUCAUUUCUAAUGAAAAUAAAGAAAGUGCUAAAGAAAAGACGGAAAUGAAACUCAAAAGAGACUGUAAUAAGUGCCCAGUAAUAAGAAAAUCAUUUAUGACUACUAUUUCUGAUUUAAAGUCCAAACCUAGAGCCUCAAAAAAUUUAGCAAGAGACAUUUCAAAGCAUUUUGAUGUUAAAAGAGUCAAUUACAAUUUUAAAAGAAAUGCAGCAACAAGGGACAAGUUGAGACAAGAAAAGUUUUCAUUAAGAAAAUAAUAUUUAAAGUUGCAGAAAAAGCUCAAUUAUUUAAAAUCUAAAUCAGAUGUUCCCCCUCCUAGAAAAACUGAGAAAAGAAUUCAAACUAAAAAGGAGUGCAAUUUAAAAAAAAAAAAAUGUUAGAAUUGACAAAUAUUAUCAAGGAUAAAGAGGAAAGAAUAAAGGAAUUGAACUUAGAAGUUUGCUGUUUGAUGAAUAGGGUAAAAGAAUUGGAGAAGCAGUUCAACACUGCUACAGUUGUAACAACUUUAGGGGAUUUUGCGAUGGAGCACAAGAGAAAACAAUAUAGUGUUCCAAUUCGAAAAUGCAUAUCCAUGUGCCUUUUAAACCAAGUUGCUAUAGAGAAGGCUGGACCUAUAAUUGAAUUUGUCGUUAAAGAGCUCUGCCAUCUGACAGUGUCAAGUAUACCUGGACCGUCUACAGCAUCUCUAAUGGCUUAUGAGAUGGGAGUUAUUUCAGAUUUGCAGUUAGGGGAGCAUUUAUUCAAUGCGGAAGAUGGCACUGCAACAAUUUCUUGGGAUGCAACAACAAAAGAAAGCUGCCAUGUCAAUGACUUCAAUGAGUGUCAUAUAGCUGUUGAUGGUCAGCAAUUAUUGAUGAAGCUUUCAUCACUGUCAAGUGGUAAAACAGAAUCAUAUGUUGGGCAAAUUGCAACAUCCAUACAGAACCUUGCAACUACUUUUGCUUUGUACAAGAACAUACAACAGCAAAUAGUGAUGCACAAGUUCAAAAAUUGUUUUGCCUCAACACUUACUGACAGGGCAGCAGUAAAUCACUGCGUCAAUCAAGAAUUGUCUGCAUUUUUAAGUACAGAGUUGGUGGAGCUAAACUGCAAUGUGCAUCCCAUUGAAGGUAUAGCUUCCCAAGCUCGAAGAAUCUUGAAGAAAUUGGAUAACGAAUUUAAAGUUAAUAGUGGACUAUUUGGAUCCGAAGGAAGAGCAGCCAAUUUACUCUAUUUCCAAGCUCAGGUGGGUGUUGAACAGUUAAUUUUCUUUAUCAUUUAUAUAUAAAUUAUAUCAAUCACACAUAAACACACAACCACAUCUUUACAGAUAUUUGUAAGGUAAGUGUAUAAUUUUCCAUGUAUUUUUUAAUAGCAUGUUGUCUUUUUAAAAGUUUUGGAAACUUUUUGUAGAUUCAUAACAGUAAUUUACAAUUUUUUGUAUUAAUUUCUUUGCUCAGGUUUGUUUGGAAAAGUGCUGUCAGGACCAUGGAUGACUCUAUUUUACCAGAACAAAGCUGGAAGAGCUCAUCUGGAAAUGGUAAUCUAUUUGUUUGUACCAGCUUCUAGUUGUUAGUCAUACACUGAAUUAGUACCAAUAUUUGCUAAACCUGUGAUUUCUAUACAGUUUAAAUAAAUGUUGUUUUUUUUAGGGACCAUUCAUAAAGGUGUGUCUGGAGCAGUUGUCGAAGUUGAAGCUACAACCAGACCUUUUGAUAUCAAUGGGAGAGGACUGCUUCAACAACUGCCUUGCAACAGACGACCGUGCACUGGCAAGCUUGAAAAAUGGAGGGACAGAUGAAUUGUUCAACGAGAUUACAAGAGCUCUUGCUGAGGGAUUUGUGGUUGUCCUUGAAAGGCAGCUGAAGCCCUACCUUACCUUUUGGAAUUAUUCACUAUAUGAUAGUAUGCUUUAAAUUCAUUAAUUCAAUAAUUUGGAUUGGUAAUAUUUAUGCAAUUUGUAUUUUUAAUUCACGAAAAGGCUAAUUUUUAAAAUUAAAUUUAUUUACUCUCCGUUGCUUGGAUCCCACCAAUUAAAUAUAUUUAUUUCAAUAUUAAUAUGAAAUAUACUUAUUAAUACAGUAUAAUAACUAAUUAAACUAUUUGAAAGCUUUAAUUUAACAGGUGAAAGAGUUCUGGUACUUUGAGUGUUGAACACAUCAAAUUUUUUAAACAAUAAAUUUACUUACCCUCUGUUGUUCAAAUCCCACGCAUUAAUAUAUUUAUUGUAAUAUUUGCAUAAUAAUAAUUUAUUAUUUAAGCCCAAUACUUAGUUAAACUGUGCUGAAAAUUUGAAGGCUUUAACUUUAUAAUUAAAAAAGUUAUGGAAUUUUGAGUAUUGAAAACGGGCGCUACAUUUUCAAUGAAAUUUACGUACACUCUGUUGUUCAAAUCCCACCCAUUAAUAUAUUUAUUGUAAUAUAUAAUUAGUAAUAAUUUAUUAUUGAAUCCCAAUACUUAAUUGAAAUGCGCUGCAAAUUUCAGAGCUUUAACUUUGCUGACCAAAAAGUUAUCGCGUUUUGAGUGUCAAAGAUGACUAUUUUCGGUCACAGUAUUUUGGAAAUUAUUUACUAAGGCUAUAUAAGGAAAAAUUAUGACUCUAAAAAUGUAAUAACUUUUUUUCUAAUUAAGAUAGAAAAAUAAAUUUGGUAUCAAUGGAAAUGAAAUACUGAGUCCUUUCUAAUGAUAUAAGUUUUAUUAAUAUAUAACAACUUUAAAUUUUUUAGUGAAGUACCUUUUUAUUACUUAGUCCUUAGCCAUCCUAUCAUACUCCUUUCUGUGGUCCAUCAUGUCACAGCUGAUAUAAUCAGCAGCUAGCAAAAUUGUCAUUAAAAAUACAAAUGAUUUAAUGUAAAUUGGUUAGUUGGAAUUCACUUUAUAUUAUAUAAAUGACUUUGCUUCUUGUUUCUGUCAUAGUCAGUACAACCGUGUGUUAACAUGCUUUUAUUAUUAGGGCUUGCUUUGUGAUUAAUCGGGUUUGAAAUUUACUCCAUUUUUUUAAUGCUCUCUGGAGAUGCAUCCCCCCACCCCCAAUUGCAAAAUUAAAACAGUCUCUUUAUUGGAAUUAAUUUAAAUAGAUUGAAAAGAAAGCAAUGAUACAUAGAUAUUCCAUGUGUUGUUAUAACAGUAUUAGCUCUAGGGGUGAAGGCGACAUAAGCGCCAGGUAUUGAGUUUUAGCACUUAAGUUUAAUCAUAUUGUUAUAGACAAAUUCAGUUUUGGAAAGGGUAGAAAUCGAGUAGAAAAGACAAAGGUUGAAUCUCAAAUAACUACCCUAAAGAAAUUAAUGUUGGUGUAUAUUCUGGAGUAUUAGUAAAAAAAAUGGAUUGAAUAACUUCAAUUAAAAAGGAAUUUUUAAACUAAUUUUGUGCUUUCUGCCCCCUUUUUUUUAUGACAGAAAUUUGAAGCUAAUGAAUGAAAAAUAUUUUUAAAAAUUAAAAUGUUCUAUACCAGUAAUAUAAUUACCUAUAACUUAUACUAUAACAUAACUUGGCAUUUUAUGAAAGAAUAUUGCGUCUGGUAUCUCAAAAACUUGAUUUUGUUAUAGUUUGAACAACUUUCGACUAUUAGGUUGGGUUGAAUUCAGAAGUUGAUUAGUAAAAUUUUACUCACUCUGUAAAUUUCAAGAUCAAAAUACAUAAUAUAAAAAAAAAAUUCAUACCAUAAGAUACCUUUUCCAAUGUACUUUCAGAAAAUGUAUACUUGAAAGGGUUUCUGAAUUCAUUUAGAAUGUGAUUUUUAAUUUUUGACAAGCACAUGAAAAUGCUAAAAAAUUAUUUGACUCUACGGAAAAAUGCACUUGACAGUUAUAGGGUUAAAGGGCCAAAUAAUAUGAAUAUAUUUCAUUGUUUAUUUAUAAAGUAAAUAAUCAUAAAAUUAAAAUAAAUGAAAAUAUCUUAAUGAAUGUUAUCAAGAGUCGCUCCGUCAUCCUGGUGAAAACACAUGACGAUAAAGUGUUCCUUGAUUUGACAUCUGGCAUGACGGAAUUAGUUACCAGUUUACAAUUUGUUAGUAUUAAUCCUCAUCUUCAGAGAAAUAUUGACAUCAGUUGGAGCUGAGAUCCUAAAAUAUUGGUUUUCUCAAUUGAAAUUGAAAUAUUGUCAUUGUGGCAUUCACCGCAGUGUAUAGUUCAAUCCAAUAAUCAUUAAGUUUGGUACUACUAGUUACUAAUCAUUCUCCAUAUUCUUCUUGAUUGGUACAGUAUUUAUAUACCCCAUAUACUUGCAAAUAGGUUGCACCUUUAGUGUGUGCAUAUGUGGCUUGUAAACUGGCUGGGGUACCGCGCUAUAUAAGACCCCUUAUUAUUAUUAUUAUUCUGUUUUGACUAGCAUCCUUAGUUUGGGGAGUAGCAUGGCCCUUUUUUAACAUAAAUUAUGAUAAAUGUAACUAUUUUUUAAACAGACAUCACAAAAAAUUUUCCGUAACAAUUCAAAAACAAUCAUCAUAAACUAUGUGUACUUAAAUUUUAAUAGACAUAAAAAAAAACUGAUAGCAAGAGCAGGGGAGGAAGCGAUAUCCGACUUAUCAUAUAAAUGACUACUAAGUACUCCACACUGAAUGGCAGUAGGCGGCAAAAUUAAUGUCGAUUGGAUAGGUUGCAUUUGGCAUUCCUGAUUUUUAUCGAAGUAUUUGGUAAAAAAAAAAAAGUGUGGCCUAUUCUCUAAUAAAAUGGUUCAUUGAAAAUCAUUUAAAAAUGAAAAUUUGUUUUAGAUAAGUUUUCAAUUUUUUUUUUAAUUGAACGAACAUCUUUGAAAAGUCAUGAAUCAAAAGUCAAAUGAAUCAAUUUUUUUAUCUCCAGAUAUCAACAAAAAAUGACUGAGGCAGGACUGCGAUCAAAACCUGUUCUACUCAAGAGAGGGGAUGCAGUACCACAAAAUGCUAUCUUAAUGCAAGAUGAUGAAGUUUUAAUUUACCAGAUGCAACGUUUAAAAAACAUCCAACCACAGUCUGAAGUGUAAGCUAUUUUGAUUUUUUAGGAUUAAUUUGUUAGUAGAAAUAAGUCUAUCAUAUAAACCCAUAAAAAAAAAAAUUACUAUUUAGUAAAGACAGAAAAUCAUCUUUGUUUCAAACUUAAAGUUAAAGAUUAGUUUUAGCAAACUAACGAUGAAAUUAUUUGAAAUGGCCUUUAUUUAUAGAUGCUCUGGGGGUAGAAAUUAUACACAUGGGCAUGCUUCAUAGUGAACAGUAGGAUUCAUUUUAAAACCAUAAAUUUCCUUUUACUUUUGAUGACCGUUCAAUUUUAUUUGUUUAAGAUUGAAAUGCAAAGCUUUUCUUUUUAGAUUUUACAUAUAUUUGAUAAUUACUAAAAAAUUAGCGGUGCUGAAAAAUAAUGUAUAAGAGUGCAAAUGGAUUUGCAUAAGAUUAUUAAAAUUUUUAUGAACUUUACCUUUUAACUUUAAUGUAUCCUUCUUUUCAACUUUCAGUCGAGCAUUGAAUUAUGGAAUUUACACACUUGGUGCUUGUGCUGGACUUUCUGGGUUUAUAAUCGCUUCUACAAUGCGCAGAAAUUUCAAACUUGGUGGGCUGCGAAAAAUGCUCACAUAUGGUCCAACUGUUGCCGUCUGUGGCGGUUUAGCUGGAAUUGUACAUGAAUUUAAUGUCAAGCAGUCCAUUCUCCUCGGCAAGGAGUCAUGUGUGACCUGCGUCGCUCUCAGAUCAGGGUUUUAUCAGGCCACCUUGGGUGUCGGCUACACAUUCAUUGUUUCAUUCCUGACUUGCGUACUUACAGCAAGGGAAUAUUACACAUUGCCCAUGCCCCAGGCUUCAAAAGGAAUGGUUUUUUUAAGACUUGUAAGGCAGGUUUCUCCUACAGCUAAUGUGCUUUUAAUGCUAGGGCUAUUUAAUAUGUUUAUUGGGGCGUCUUUAGCACAAAAGGAAUUUAAAUUGUUUGUAAAGUACUUUAGUCACUCAACAUCCAAUGAUGUUGUUUUAAAUGAAGAGUUUUUAAAAGAGUGACUGGGGUAUUAUUUACAGCAUUUUGAAACAUAUUGGUUAUAAUAUUAGUAAUAGAAACAAGUUGUUAGACUAAAGUUAUUUUAUUUAUUGUGCUAUUAAUCCAACAUAAGAUACCACCAUGCCAUUUGCAUUAAUAAUACUUCUGUUGUCUUAAGUAUAAAUUAAAUACGACGAGUAGAUGUAAUUAACUUAAAUUAUGAACGUUUAAGUUUAUUGACAGAACUACUUUACUUAAUAGAAGUGUGAAAAGUGACAAUUAUUUGAGUUUUAUACUGUAUUAACUUCAUGAUAUAUGUUGCAACAGAAAUUAAACUUGUUUCAUGUGAAUAUUUGUUUUCUGUCACUAUAACUAUAUUGAAAUAUGUUAUUGUUCCAGUGACAGUGGUCUGCCUGAUUGUAUCAAUUUUAGGUGAUGAUUAGUAACAAAAUUUCAUUCAAUAAUAUUUAUAAUAUUGCAUUAAUUAAUUACAUGCCUACUAUUUAAAUUUUAAAAAAUUAUUUGAUAUUUUUAACACUUUAAUUCAUAAACGAAUGGUCCAUUAGAGUCAUUGCUAUUUGUUUCAGGUGCAAAAAUGAAAAUUGUCUCUGGGUAUCUAAACUUUUAUUCAUUCAAUAUAGAGACAUAGGUAUACUUUGGUGCUUGAUGGUAAUAAAUGCGACUGCCAAUAGGCUAAUGCUCUUCAAAUAAUGCAAUUGCAAGUCAAAUCAAUUUUAGUUAUUCAAAAU